UAAUGUUACUAAUUAAAAAGAUGAAAUCAUUAGUGAAGAUUAAGCUACAGAACAAUAUAGAAUGGAACAUGCAAUGUAAACUAGUUUGUUUCCAGCUCAAAUGUAUCAUUCUGUUAAUGUCUCAUAUAUUACUAUAUUUAUUAUAAUAUCUAAACAUACAUAUUUUUUACAGAUGGCUCAGGGUGGAAGAAGUAAGGUGUGGGACUACUUCACCAAGGACCCAUCUGGUACAGUUAUCUGUAAUAUUUGUGCAGGCUCUGUCAGUCAGGGAUCAAGCAGCCUCAAACAGAAAAAUACAACCAACCUGUGGGCACAUCUUAAAGUGAAACAUAAAGAAGCCUAUCAUGUGGCAUAUGAUAAAGCAGCACAGCCUAAAGAAGACAGAGCUCAAUCACAGCCCACACUCAAACAAGUGUUGGAUAAGACCACAAAGUGGACCACAGAUGAUCGAAGAACAAAGGAGCUGGACAAGAUGAUUAUGGAAAUGAUCGCCACUGAUAUCCUGCCUUAUGCAGUUGUGGAGGGUGCUGGUUUUAAAAGAUUACUGGCCAAGGCAGAGCCCAGAUACCCUUUGAAAAGUGAGAAGUAUUUCCGCACUCAGCUGUUGGACCAAAUUUACUCACAAGUUGUAACACGAAUAAAGCAACUUAUCUCUGUGGAAAAUGCAGGAAACAGUAUUACCUUUACCACUGACUGUUGGUCAGGUUCUACUGAAGCCCUCAUGAGCUUAACUGCUCAUUUCAUUGAUGAGAACUGGAACAGAGUCCAAACUGUGUUAAAUGUGAAGGCCAUGUCUGGGUCCCAUACAGGGGAAUACAUUGGGCAGAUGUUCCUGACCAUGCUUGAAGAAUGGAACAUCGAUACACAACGGGUCCUCCUUGUACUAAGGGACAGUGGUGCGAAUAUGGUAAAAGGCAUGAGACUUGCAGAGAUGCCUGACCUGAGCUGCAGUGCUCAUACACUUCAGCUGAUCAUUAAUGAUGGACUCAGCUCUCAGAGGGUGGUGGGGGACAUAUUGGCCAAACUAAAAAGAAUAGCCACACACUUUAACCACUCAGUUAUUGCACAGCAACGGCUCUCUGUAAUUCAGAAGGAGGUUGGUGUCCCUCAGCAUUCCAUACUUCAGGCUGUGCCAACCAGGUGGAACUCCACACUACACAUGCUCCUGAGGAUGCUGGAGCAAAAGAGAGCAAUCACAGCUUAUUCAAGUGAUCAUGGGCAUUUCACCUGUCCAACUGCGGAUGAGUGGGAUGUGGCAGCCAACCUGGCAGAGACCCUGACACCACUGGAAGAAAUAACUAAAGAAAUGAGCAAAGCAGACUCCUCUGCCUCCUGCAUUAUACCAUGUGUAGGGGUGCUAAAGUGUCUGCUGGAGUCACAGGGACCCACCAGUAAAGGAAUCCAGACUCUGAGGAAGACUAUGCUGGAGAGCCUGAAUAAGAGGUUUUCCAAACUAGUGAAAGAGUCGAAAGAGGUGGUGCUCGCAUGCCUGCUUGACCCACGCUACAAGGAGCGACCCUUGUCAGCAGAGACACUUACCCAAGCCAAAGCCUGGCUGAGGGAAGAGACAGAGAUGACUCCACCAGACCCAACACCAACAGAAAGUGCCAGUGAAGAGGGAGACCCCAAAAGACAGAGAGUGGAGGACCAGGCCCACAGUCUUCUAGACAGUCUGUAUGACACCAUGCUCACAUCAACCAGUCAUGCACAGGCACCUGAGGGGAUCCUUGAAGAGCUUGAGAGGUACAUGAGUGAGCCAGUCAUAGACAGAAAAAGAGGCAACCCACUGGAGUGGUGGAAGCACAACAAUAGCCGGUUCAAGGGCCUAUCAUGCCAGGCCAGGAGAUACCUCUCCUGUCCACCCUCCUCUGUGCCAAGUGAGAGGGUGUUUAGUACUAUUGGGAACAUUUAUGAAGAAAAGCGAAGCACUCUCAAAGGAGAAAAUGCAGAAAAGCUGUGCUUUCUGCAUUACAACUUGCCCCUGUUAGAUUGGCAGUAUUAAGAACUGUAAGAC